AUGCUUUAGAAAUUCAAAGACGGCCUGAAAUAAAUAGAUAUAUUUGGUUAAUCUAUCAACCUUAGUUUUCGUAAAGAAGAAUAGUACAAAACAAGUAUGGGAGGUUUUUUAUCAAUUUGUAUCAUUGGAACAAUUAUCAGCUUUUUUUAUUCAAACAUAAUCAAUUUUUUUGCAAAAUUGAAUGUGACUUCUACCUAAGAAUUUACUUUCGCAGAUGAUCCUGAUACCUUGAUCUUAGAUCAGGAACACUUUAUGUUCGCAGUUCAGAUUGAACAGGAUAAUUUUACAACUAAUCCCUUUUUUAAUAUCAGUGUUGAAUAGCGUCACUAUAAUCGUUUACCCAAUGGUACAUAAUUUCGCUACCCAAAUAAAUAUAUUGAUUUAGUACCAUGCACUCUUAAGCAUUUUUAACCAUUAUUUCAAAAGUACAGUGUGGAUUUUCGAGAACAAUUCGAACAAUAAAAUUUAUAAAAUUUCUUGUGUCCUAAUCUCAACUUUGUUCAUAGUCUUAAUAUGACUGUCGGAGGAGUAUGGGCAAGUAGCGAUUAUUAUUUCUUAAAAAUUUCUAUUACUAAUUGUAGAGACUCAUCAUAAAAUAAUUUUACCUGGAAACCCAUAUGUAAGACUUCAGAAGAAAUUUAGAAUACAUUAAAUAAAUAAGGAAGCUUUCGUUUUUAAGUUUAUACCACAAAUUUUGUAUAUUUCUCAAUUUAAUUUAGUUAAUAAAUCCAAAUAGACCUAAAGAUUAUGUCUAACCUUAUCUAGCUGUUGAUCAAUUUUAUACUUUUGUUCCAGAUAAAAUGUUUGUUCAAUCUGACAUUUUUUUUAGAACUAAAAAAGUUACAACAGAUAAAGGAAUAUUAAUGUAUCCUGAUAAAUAAAAUGAAACAUUUGCUUUUAGAGAUUAUGGAGAUUAAAGAGAAUAAUUUGAAAUAUCAAGAAUAACUCCAAAUUAUUAUGGAGCAUUUUAUUUUUAAAGAAGUCCUUAUUCUUAUUAUAUCAACAGAAAGUUUUUAAGACUUGAUGAAUUACUUAGUUAUUUAGGAGGAUUUACAUAAUUUAUGAUUGUUGUUGUGGGUAUCAUUGUCAGAUUUUAUAAUCGAUAGCAUUUGAUUGUAUCUAUUGCUAAUGAUUUAUAUGAAUUUGANAAUAGAUAUAUUUGGUUAAUCUAUCAACCUUAGUUUUCGUAAAGAAGAAUAGUACAAAACAAGUAUGGGAGGUUUUUUAUCAAUUUGUAUCAUUGGAACAAUUAUCAGCUUUUUUUAUUCAAACAUAAUCAAUUUUUUUGCAAAAUUGAAUGUGACUUCUACCUAAGAAUUUACUUUCGCAGAUGAUCCUGAUACCUUGAUCUUAGAUCAGGAACACUUUAUGUUCGCAGUUCAGAUUGAACAGGAUAAUUUUACAACUAAUCCCUUUUUUAAUAUCAGUGUUGAAUAGCGUCACUAUAAUCGUUUACCCAAUGGUACAUAAUUUCGCUACCCAAAUAAAUAUAUUGAUUUAGUACCAUGCACUCUUAAGCAUUUUUAACCAUUAUUUCAAAAGUACAGUGUGGAUUUUCGAGAACAAUUCGAACAAUAAAAUUUAUAAAAUUUCUUGUGUCCUAAUCUCAACUUUGUUCAUAGUCUUAAUAUGACUGUCGGAGGAGUAUGGGCAAGUAGCGAUUAUUAUUUCUUAAAAAUUUCUAUUACUAAUUGUAGAGACUCAUCAUAAAAUAAUUUUACCUGGAAACCCAUAUGUAAGACUUCAGAAGAAAUUUAGAAUACAUUAAAUAAAUAAGGAAGCUUUCGUUUUUAAGUUUAUACCACAAAUUUUGUAUAUUUCUCAAUUUAAUUUAGUUAAUAAAUCCAAAUAGACCUAAAGAUUAUGUCUAACCUUAUCUAGCUGUUGAUCAAUUUUAUACUUUUGUUCCAGAUAAAAUGUUUGUUCAAUCUGACAUUUUUUUUAGAACUAAAAAAGUUACAACAGAUAAAGGAAUAUUAAUGUAUCCUGAUAAAUAAAAUGAAACAUUUGCUUUUAGAGAUUAUGGAGAUUAAAGAGAAUAAUUUGAAAUAUCAAGAAUAACUCCAAAUUAUUAUGGAGCAUUUUAUUUUUAAAGAAGUCCUUAUUCUUAUUAUAUCAACAGAAAGUUUUUAAGACUUGAUGAAUUACUUAGUUAUUUAGGAGGAUUUACAUAAUUUAUGAUUGUUGUUGUGGGUAUCAUUGUCAGAUUUUAUAAUCGAUAGCAUUUGAUUGUAUCUAUUGCUAAUGAUUUAUAUGAAUUUGAUAUGAGUUCAGGUAGAUAAAAUACUUAAAUGCAUUUAAAUAGUCUCUUGGCUAGAACUGAGAGAGGUAAAGAAAUGUUGAAAACCAAAAUGACAAAAAAGUUUGAAAGUAUUCCAAAAAUUCAAACAAUAACAGCUUUUCAAAAUAAACCAGAGAUGUUGUAAACAGCUACUCCUUUUUAAACCAAGAGAUUAAAUUUUGAUAAGAAAUAGUCAAUAGAACUCUUUUUAAAUACUCAAUAAGUAUUACAAUCUAGAUUAUCAGCGAUGAAAGCUAAAACAUUAUAAUAUUUUGAUGAUUUUAAAGAAUUUUUGAAAAAGAAACAUGUAAUAGGUUUAGGCUUGCGAGUUAUUUUAAGUUCUAUUAUUCCAAUAGAAUCUUUAAAAGAUGAUGAUUGCCUAGUUUUGCAAAGAGCAAUGUACUAAACUAUUUAUUAUUUUAAGUGAUUAAGUUAAUAAAGAAUUAGAUAUUGAGUAUAUUAUCAAACAACUUCAUGAAUUAACAAAAUUAAAAAAAGUGUUGUUCACAUCUGAAUAAAUAAACCUUUUUAAUUUUAGUCGUAAGCCAAAAAUAGCUUUAAUUUAAGAUAAAAGUAAGAGAAGGUCUACUAGGUAAAAUUUGUAAUCAUAUUUAGAUGUAUAAUCGAUGGAAUGUCAACAGCUGAGGAUUAUGGUAUGAUGAAACAAUUCACUGAUCUUCUAAGUUCAUAUGAAAAAAUAACAGGUUCAGAAUAAGAAAAUUAAAAUUAAGAAUAAGUUCGAUUCAAUUAAAGAUUAAUUAUUUUAUUAGGCCCAGAAUUAAUGAAGGUAUUAGAAAAAGAGUUAAGCGCAUAAUAGCAAUAACAAGUAGAAUCUGAAAACAAUGAACCAAAAGAAGAAGAAAACUUAUUUAGCGAUCGAGAAAUUCAAGUUGUCUCACAAAAUUGA